ACAUUGGGUGCGGCAAGGCAAUAAUUAUCUACCCAACUUUCCAUCCGCUGCACGAGAUGGGCGUGGGAGAUGUUGUCGCACGGUCAUUCGGCUAUGUAGACCCGAACUUCCCCAAUCCCGGUGGCGAGAACGACACGAGUGUCAUCAUCUACGGCUACACGCCCUCGAUUGCGAUUGCAGCAUUCGCGGCAGCAUGGUUCUUCUUGCAUCUCAUUACUCACACCGUGCAAACCUGGAAAUACAGAAGCUGGUGGUGGCUGACGUUCUCCACGGGCUUGGUCUUUGAAAUCAUCGGGUACAUCGCGCGCAGUCUGUCGGCCAAGAAGAAUCCGUAUAACCUCAUUUACUUCAUCAUCCAGUACUUCUUCAUCGUCACUGCGCCGGUGUUUCUCGCCGCGGGCGUAUAUACGAUUCUAUCUGCGUUGAUCGCAAGAUUGGGGAAUAAGUACUCUCCGCUUCGUCCCACGUUUAUCCUCGGAUUCUUCAUCACCUCGGAUGCGAUCUCGACCAUUGUGCAGGUUGCUGGCGCCUCUCUUAUCGGCGUGAAACAGUCUCGGCAGGAAGAUCCCGCGACGGCAAACAACAUUCUUCUCGCAGGCCUCGCAUACCAAGUCUUCGCGAUUAGUAUCUUCGUCCUGUUGACGGCGACAUUCGAGUUCCGAGCUCGCCGGGCAAUAAAAGAACAUGGUCUUCACGUCUUUUGCGUGUUCUUUUCCAUGUCUACACUUAUGAUCUACAUGCGGAGUAUUUUCCGCCUCAUUGAGACGGCAGAAGGGUUAGGUGGGAACCUGUCAACCCACGAGGUAUAUUUUGCAUGUCUCGAAAUGGCGCCCAUCGCGCUUGUUGCUAUUUUGUUUUGUAUCUGGCAUCCUGGUCGCUGUCUGGGACCUCGAGUCCGCUCACCGCUCGAGAAGGUGGGGAGAGGGUGACUUUGAAUCUCACUGGGCGAUAUCAUCAUCAACCUAGUUGUCAGGAAUGCGCAUAACCCGGGCAAUGAGCUUCAAGUGUCCAAAUCUAUGCUAGUGUCCCAAAAGAAGCACAGCAGCAAAGGAAUAAAUUGGAUUGACUUGAAACGGUGCCUAGGAAUUACUGGUGGCAGGACAGUAAGUGAGCGCGAGUCAUCAAAAAUCAGCUUAUUCUGAAUAUAAAGUAGACCAAU